AUGCCUCUUCUGGACUGGUUCAUCUACCACUCCGUUGCCAUGUGGUUGCUCCUCCAGAGUUUUGUUCUGAUGACCUUUUGCUUCCACUCAGCCACCACCUUUCCCAAGGGCUGCUACCCCUCCACUGAAGAUGGCUUCAGGACCUUCCGUUGCAGCAAAGCUCAGCUCACAGUUAUCCCGAAAGAUAUACCCAACGAUACCAACAAGCUGUACCUGGAUUACAACCAGAUUUAUUUCCUGCCAAAUGACGCCUUUCAGAAUCUGCCCCUUCUGAUGGAGCUAGAUUUGUCUCACAAUGUCAUAAGUCGGGUGGAAGUGGGGGCCUUCCGGGGCUUGUCAGAGAAUCUGCAUUCUUUGGACUUGUCUUCUAACAAACUAGUGUCCAUCAACAAGGAUGUCUUUAACACAGUAAAAGCCAAAGCCAACCUGUCUAGCAACCCGUGGCUCUGUGACUGCACACUCCAACAGCUCAUUGAGAGAGUCGAGCUGGUUGCCGGCACCUCUGAUGGUAUCGUGUGUGAUGCCUCUGCACGGAAGGAGCACAUUGGCAAGCCUUUCUUACAUCUGGUUGGGGACAUAGACUUCUGCAACAUCUACAAAAAGACCACAGACAUUGCCAUGCUGGUCACCAUGUUUGGCUGGUUCGCCAUGGUGAUCUCAUACUUGAUCUACUAUGUUCGGCAGAACCAAGAAGAUGCCCGACGACACCUAGAGUAUCUCAAGUCCUUGCCCAGCAAGCAGAAGAAGUCAGAAGAGUCAUCUACAAUUAGCACUGUGGUGUGA